AUGAUGGCGACAGCCAAGCGCAAGCAGUCAGAUGCCGGGUUUGUUGAUAACGAACACACAGCGAGGAGGGCCAGCAACGUCUUAGGCUAUAAUGCGCAUACUCCAUGGCUCCAUGAGAGCAGAUUCUCCGCGAGCCGGCGCUCCAUAGGCACCAGGGGUCACGCGCCGUCUUUACCACUGGCAAAUAUGGUAUCGACCGUGCAAGACCUACUCGACCCUGACUUCGAUCCGCUUAUUGCUAUACUGGACGAAGAGCCACGCUUCUUAAAACCACUGCCGUCCAGGAUACCUGAGGAGGACCUGGAGUUUCUUCGCUUUCGAGGAGCGCUGAGUAUCCCAGAGAGCGGGCUGCGGACAGAGCUCCUGCGUUGCUAUAUCAGAUGGGUUCACAGCUUUCUGCCUGUGCUGAACCUGCAGGAAUUCCUACGAUGCGUUGCCGAAAACGACCCCGACGGGAACAUUAGUCUUUUACUCUUCCAGGCCGUUAUGUUUGUGGCGACAGCUUUUGUGGACUUGGAGCAUCUACAGGCUGCUGGAUUUACGACAAGAAAGGCUGCGCGCAGUACGUUUUAUACACGACUGAGGCUACUAUAUUCACUUGAAUGUGAAGACGAUCGCAUCGUAAUCGUGCAAACCCUUCUUCUCAUGACGUACUGGUCCGACCAUAUGAACUGCCCACAGAGGGAUAUUUGGGAUUGGAUUGGCAUCUGCAGCACCAACGCUCAGUCUAUAGGGCUGAAUAGGGACCCAUCAUCAUCCAAUAUGGACCUGAGAACAAAAAAGCUGAGAACGCGUCUGUGGUGGUGCUUAUUCUCCCGUGAUCGUCUCAUUGCCAUGGGCAUGAGACGCCCAACGCAGGUCAAUGAAGGGUCGAGCAAUCUUCCGAUGUUAAAGAUAGACGACUUCGACUUUGAACCGUUCCAUCCCGCCGUGGUCGAGAAGUUUCGCUGUCGGCAGCUAGAGGAUGUUUCUCACCAGAAACGCCUUGCGACCAUGUUCAUUGAGAAAACCAAACUCUGCCAGUGCAUUGGACGGGUGCUUUUUGCCCAGUACACUCCUUCGCAAUAUCAGUUUGGCCUCACGAACAGAACAACGAUUAACCUUAUUCCGAGGCACGCCUCAGAAUCGGAGCUGGCCCGUUGCAGCCAACGAUUGGAUUCGUGGUUGUCUGCACUACCUAAAGACGCCCAGUUUAUCCCGGCGUCAAAGACAAAGUUCAAUGACGGAGAAGAUGUCCUACUUCUCCAUGGCGCUAUGAUCCGAAUGCUGUAUCAUGCGACUAUCAGUGCCCUACAUCGCCCAUGGGCAUGUGGCCCUGCGAAAGACCAAACAAAAUCGCGCAUUGAGCUGGCAAAUGUUGCACGAAGAAAAAUGCAAGAGGCUGCUAUCGGUAUAACUCACAUCAUUCAAGGUCUUAACCAGCUAAAUCUCACACGAUAUCUCCCUCAAUCUGGCGUAACCGUCAUCCUUCCGGCUGCUGUUGCUCACUUGGCCAACUCUAUGUCCAACGACCCUUCUCUUCGUGAAAGCAGCAUUUCCAACUUCCAACGGUGUUUCCAAGUCCUCCAGGGAUUGAAGGAGAUUUACCCAGCUGCGGACAUGGAAGUAGCCAAUAUUGAAGCAGCCGUAAAGGCGCAAUCCCAUGGCACAGAGGCACUCUUGAAGGUCAUUCAAUUUGAUAACUCCCCGUCACCACAAACCCCAGGACUGCAACGGAGACAAAGUUCACACAGUAUCCAAUCGCCUUUACAGGCCGAAAUACCCAGCCACUGGACACCUCCCAGCGAAGACGAAGACCUGUCUUCUCUUUUCAAUCCUGAUCAACCCAACACAACCGAAGGCCUGAACCACAGCAUCACGAAAGAUGCUCCGGCCAGUCGCCAACCAGACCAACCGACCCCACCAGGCAAUUUUAUCAAUCGCUAUGCCGCCCACAACAACAAUCCCUCUCACCAAAACCAUCCAUCCUCAUCGACCGCCCCCUUCAUCUUCAGUGAUCUCUUCGACAUCGACGUCGACGUGUACACAUCCAACUUCACCCCUCCUACCACUAACCCUUCCAACGGCCCCGACCUAGACCUCGAUUGGACAGACCUUUUCUCGUUUCCAACUGGUCAUGGGCAAAGUCCUCCGGCGAGGCAUAGAGAUAGCCACAGCCAUUUGAAUACGGGUAUCACGGGGGAUUUGGAUCGGGAUCUGGGUUUUAUGUCCGGAGAUGAAAUGUUAUAA